AUGGCGGUUCAAUGGAGAACCUUGAAGGAGAACGCUGUUGAGCUUGAAGGGAGCAUGCUUGCUCCCGGGGGCACGGACUUCUCCUCAUUCCACUCCACAAUGCAAGAGACAAACUCCGACAACGAGUACAACACCGCCUCGGAAACUGGGGGCUCCAAGGGCUUGCAUCACCCCCAGCCUCAGUUACCUGUCAAUGGGGUCACUCUACAUUUCCCCAACCAAGGGAACUCGACCAGGGGGUUCCAUUUACCCCCGAUUAUCGCCCCCCCCAUGACAUUUGACACCACAUGGCAGCUCAGCCCCGCAACUGCACAAAUGGCGUAUGAUAUGGUGUUCAACCGGCAGCCGUCGCCGUCCGCAAAUGCGAUGCGGCCGCAGGUGAUGCGCAUGCAGGACGGGUUGGGACAGCUGACCUCGCUCACAACCAAUGGAGACGAAGGCGCCUUUCAGCAAGUCGCCCGCUCGACCGACCUGCUGGUGCAGCCCCCCCACCUGAUGGACUCCCUCAACCGCAAUCCAGUCUCCGCGCCCCUGACUGUAAACCUCACUUCCGGAAGCGACGUCAACGCCCCGAUCGACGUCAACAUGCAACCUCCCCAGAGGGAUGAGGGCGACUCUGCGGGGCAAUCGGAAGAGUUUGAUGACGACGAUGUGAAGCCGUCGGUUUCGGGGCGGAAGCGGGAUGCGCAGGGGGGCGGGGAGGAGAGCGUGACGGGACGCAAGAAGCUGAAGCUGUCCAAGGAGCAGGCGGAGCUUCUCGAGAAGGCCUUCCGCGAGAACAACACGCUCAAUCCGGCUGCCAAGAGCACCCUCGCGACCAAGUUGAAUCUCCGAGCGCGCCAGGUGGAGGUUUGGUUCCAGAACCGGAGGGCCAGGACGAAGUUGAAGCAGACGGAGGUUGACUGCGAGGUGCUCAAGCGCUGCUGCGAGACGCUGACUGAGGAGAACCGACGGCUUCAGAAGGAGCUGUCCGAGUUGCGCGCCUCGCAGGGGCAGUCGGGGCUCCAGGAGUUCCUUGGGCAUAUGCCGGCCGCCACGCUCUCGAUGUGCCCCUCGUGCGAGCGGCUGACCGCUCUCGACCCGGUCAGGGGCUCGGUGAUCAUCAACCGGGGCAACAACCAGUAUGAGCGCUGAGGUGUUGGCAUUGCAUGGCAUAGCAUGGCAUGGCGAAAUAUAGUAGGGGGGUAUCCAGGAAGGGGGUGUCUCUCCUUAGCUGCGGCGAUCGUUGGUCGGGGCAGGCCUAAGUUUUCGGGUUGCAAUGGGCUUAUUUGGACUAGCUUAGGGCAGAUUCGGGCGUCAUGGCAUUUUUUUCUCAGAUCAAGGGCGAGGGCGGAAUUGCAAGAUUCGCGCACGCUGUUGGGAUAGGAUUACAGACGGGACGUGGGUGUUCCUGGGACUUCGCUAAACAUUUCGAGACCAACAAUUCUGAUUGCUUGCAAGUAAUAGGUGCUCGCUAUACAGCGUAGUUUUCCGUGUAGGUGUUGUAAGGAACGGACCCACUGUAGGCUUGCUUUAUUCAUCCAGUCGAUACAUCUUUGUUUGGCAGCGCUGAACACUUUGGUGUACUACAAUACUCGCUAGCACACCAGUGCUCAAUUCCGUUUUAGGCUUAUCACAGUACAAGGAUGUUGACCCAG